GACAUCACGGAAUUCGGAAUACGGUAAAUUAUUCAAGUUUUUAAAAAAUAUAUUGUGCCCUGAAAUCCUCUAAUGUGAUACAGUUUUAUUCAAAUUUUCAUACUCAAGUUUUUGUGUUAUUACAAAAAAGGAUUUAAUUUUUUUAUUGGAGCAACAUAAUGUAAAUAUGUGUAGCAUUGCAGUAAAAUGUUUCGCAACAACAACAUUUAUGUUCUUCGCUCAUGUUUCAGCGCAGACGAUGACAUUACAGCCAAGUUCGAUAUCUGUGGGUGGAGGCGUCGCUCCAACGGAUGUUGUUGUAAUGGAAUGUAAAUCAGAAAGACUGAUCUCUCCUCAAUCAGUAUAUUCAAUGUACAUCAGACGUGAAUCCAUCUCAUUUGCUGAAAUAGAAUUAGGAAAAUCAGCGGUAGUGAGCCAGAAUGCACCAAGUGAUAUUAAAGCUAAGACUCCUACGUUGGAAGGAAGAAUUGACGCAAACAAUUUAUAUAACAGCCAUUUGAAAGCAACAUUUCUGGUUUCAAAAAUGAACUGUAACGAUGCCAAGUCGUACCAAUGUGUUAUUACUUACAAACCAGUUGGUAUGGAUACGACCACACGUAGUGCUGAAAUGGAACUACGCGUUAAUGUGCUACCGAGAGACCUACAAAUCAGUGCUGCACUGUCUGAAGACUAUGGUGUUGUGCCGAUUCAGAACCAGUCAAUUAUUGACAGAGGGGAGCAGGUAGAAUUCUCCUGCACUGGUUACAUUGGUAGCUCCCAGUCUACUAUCAUAGAAUGGUUCAAGAAAACGCCUCCUAGCACGUUCUUUCAGAGACACUUCCCUACACAAGCAGACGACAUUAUAGAUGACGGGUUACCUGUUUCUACACAAUGUGAAUACAUGCGCACCUCGAAAUUACGCUUCACUAUGACGUCAUCGGAAACAGCAAGACCAGCGUUCCGGUGUGAGGUGGCGACACAGCUCUCUUCCGGUGGAGAAGUACGGGUACUCUCCGAGGAGUUUCAUUUAACACCAGGUUUCAGCCCUUCAAAUGGAGCGGACAAAUUAAAUGCGUGGGGGAAUGUCUUAGUUUGGACUUUAAUUUACCUUUCUUUAAAAACAAUUUUCUGUAACUGAUACUAACCUUAUUAAAUUUUGUAUUAGUUUUUUUACUGUACCAAAAACGGUGGACACUUAUUACACUUAAAGGUUUUACUAUUUAUAGUAACAAUAUUCUUACGUCAUCAUUGGAGGCGAGGCACACGAAUCACACGAGGCACACGCAUUGAUACAGAGGGUGACUGAACUAAAUACACACUGUGGCAGAUAUUCCUAACAACGAAUAAAUGGAAUGUUAAGAUCCACAUGAUUUAUGAAAUUCAACUUAAAUGCACAAAAAAUCUGUGUAGUCGUGUUUAAGGACAUUUAAGUUAAGGAAAAACAAUAAAUUGUAUAACAUGCUUAAGGAGCUCUUCUAUGGUCCAAAAGCCAAUAAACAUAAAAUAUCAAUUUCUGAUGUAGACCAGCUAAAGCGUUUGAAAUAAAUAGAUAUGCAAAAUUCAAUAAAGAAAUAUACAUGUAUCCAGAAAUAAAUCAAUUUUGGAAUGAUCUGAAAAGUUGGUGUAGAACUACAUCAUAUGGAACAUUAAUCUCGAAAAAAUUAUUUCUAGUUCCACCAUGGCAAGAAACCUCAGUGGAGUCCGUUUAAAUUCAGCUUGUUUUUAUUCUGACAUUGAAGACAAGUACCCUAUACGUCUUCAAUUUUAAGAUUUCAUUGGAUGUAUUAAAGAUAUAACUCAACUAUAAAGUAUAAUAUCAUUUCUUGUUUGUAUACAUAUGCGAUGUUUAAGUUAAAAGUACAUGUAUUGCACAUUUGAGCAAUUUUGUUUGCAUUUCUUUUUUACAUGAACAGGUAACUCCGUCAUUACAAAAUCUCUUGUCUGAAUAUCAUUUCAUUGUACAACUGUGAAAGUUCAAAGUAUUGCUAUUUUGAACAAUAUUGUUAACAUCUUAUUUAUAAUAUAAGUAGAUAACUCUGUUAAUACAAUACUGUGUCUGAAUAAAUGUCCAAUGUGUUAAACAAAUUGUCUAUUUGAACAAAACCGGGAGCAUUUCUUUAUUACAUGAAUAGAUACAUGAUUAUAUCUGAUAUUAAAAUAUGUUUCUCAUUUGAGCAAUAUCUUCAGCAUUUUUAGUUGAAUAGAUACAUAAUAUAUAUGUUAUUAAAAUAUCUAUUGUCUUAAUUAUGUUCACGUAUAUGUUCACUUUAUUGCCCAUUUGAACAUCUGUUAUUACAACCGCUUCUGUGUGAAUAUAUGACCAAUGUACAUGUCAAUGUUUGUCGGUUUGAACAAUCUUUUUUUAACACGAAAAUAUAUCACUUUUAUACAAGCUUCAUAAGGUGCUUUUUGUCAAACUGUAAAAUGAAUAUAUUCAAAGUAUUUUACAUAGGAACAAUUGCGUUGAAUAUCUUUAUAACAUAAAUAGAUAACUCUGUUAAUAUACAUAAUUAAAUGGAUGCUGUAUUUGUAUAAAUAGAUAAAUCUACUAUAAAAUAUAUCUGUUCUGUCUAAAUGUGAAAUGAAUACAGUAAACUUCACUUAUAGCGAA